UGAUAUGUAAUAUAAAAAUUCCCAAUUCUAAUCUAUCAUCAAAUUUUUUUGGUACAACUUUGAAUUGAAAUGCCCCAUUAAUCGACGUCAUUACUUCUGACACAUUUUAAACGUCCUACAUACGUCUCAUCUCAUUAACCCGUAUCAUAAAACCCAUCCCACAUUCAAUACUGAAUAAUAAUGAAGAACAUGUAGUAUAAAAGGGCUAUAAUUAAAUCAUUCAGCACAGUCUCGAACUACCCUUCCAACGAACAUCAACCAUGAAGAUCCAGGUAGCAAUCCUCUUGGUCAUCGUAUCUAUUGUGGCAGCUGAAGAUUCCGCACAAAUAUACUGCGGAAGACAACUAUCGAGGACCUUGGCAGGGCUUUGUUACGAGAAAUACUACAGUCAAGAAAAACGAUCACCGCAUCAUGAUUUUUAUGACUAUGGAUCACAGUACAUUUCACCUUGGCUGGCAGAUUCCACGGCUCAGAGAUUGAAUGGUGUCAGAGGCAAGAAGUCAGUCGGAAUUGUCACGGAGUGCUGCGAUAAGCCGUGUACGGUGGAAGAGAUGAUGACUUACUGCUAGAAUUGGCGAUGGCUAUGAGCAGAUGGUAAAGAGUUAUAAAUAGAGUCUAAACUACUCCUGAUAUAGGAAUUGCGAGAGGAUUUUUUGAGGCAUACAUGUCCCAAUUAGUGAGCAUAAUUAUUGAUGAUUGUA